CUAACAAGGCUAACACAAGUUGGUCGAGUCGACAACUAUACCUACCCCACAUUCGUCAUUACCAAGCAGCGACUUGGUGACGUCCGAGCCGACCAACGUGUGCAAUUCCUCUGGAUAUAUAGUGUCCAGGUCAUGAUGCCGGGCAACGCGUUCCACCCACAUUACACCACGAAGCCGAAGCCAACACGCUCGCCAACAUGAAAGAAGUAAUUAUCGCCAAAGGUCUGAAGACCACGAUCCAGGAUGCCGCAAUUCCUGAGCCGCAGCCCGACCAGAUCGUUAUUCAGGUUGUGGUUUCUGGCAGCAACCCCAAGGACUGGAAGAUCCCCGACUGGAUCCCCGAUUACAACGCCAACAGCGGCGAUGAUAUUGCAGGCAUCGUGCACAGCGUUGGGUCAAACGUGUGGGAGUUCAAGAAGGGAGACCGCGUGGCCAGCUUCCACGAGAUGAUGACGCCUGGUGGCAGUUUUGCAGAGUAUGCCGUUGGCUGGCAGCACACCACUUUCCACCUUCCUAAGAGCUUGAGCUUCGAGGACGCCGCAACAAUCCCCCUCGCAGCCAUGACAGCGGCGCUCGGCCUGCACCAACGCCUCGGCCUCCCCGACCCCUGGACGCCCGCAACAGAGCCUACACCUCUUGUCGUCUACGGCGGCGCAUCAGCAGUCGGCGCAUACGCGAUCAAACUCGCCGUCCUCGCAAACAUCCACCCAAUCAUCGCAGUCGCCGGCCGCGGCGAGAAGUUCGUUGAAGACCUGAUCGAUCGCAGCAAAGGCGACACCAUCAUUGACUACCGCAAGGGUAAUGAAGCUGUUGUUCAGGGCCUCAAGGAUGCGCUGAAGGGUGAGAAGCUGUGGUACGCGUUCGAUGCGACCUCUGAGCACGGAAGCUACACAAACAUCGCGCAAGUGUUGGAACCUACAGGACAUUUGACAACAGUCCUGCCGGGCAAGACGUACGAAGGCGUGCCAGAGACGGUGAAGUUAACGACCACAAAUGUCGGUGCUAGCCACAAGGACGACAAGGACUAUGCAUACAUCAUGUUUAGGUACUUCGCGAGAGGCCUUGCGGAGGGCUUCUUCAAGCCGCAUCCCUAUGAGGUUAUUCCUGGAGGUCUUGCGGGCGUGCAGACGGGAUUACAGAACCUGAAGGAUGGCAAGGCAAGUGGCGUGAAGUAUGUGUUCCGGAUCGCGGAGACAGAGGGUAUCAAGAGUGCUCUGUAGAGGAGGAACUACCAGUGCCUCGAAGCCAAUGAACAGCGAAUGACCAUGAACAACAUUCAAUUCCAAAAUUGCUUCCCUAAAGCUUCGCCUUAUCCUCUACCUUCCACAAUCCUCUCAACCCCUCCCCACUCAUCCCAAG